AUGCCACCCUCACAUAGUGACGUUGCUUUGUAUGAAAAACUUUAUGCCUUUUUGAGUGACUGGGGAAUUGAGAAAAAGGUGUUUAGUGUGACAUUGGCUAAUGCUUCUACGAAUGAUGUUUCUAUUGACAUGUUAAGAGAGCAACUAGUUGUGAAAGGGGUUCUUGUACACAAUGGCGAUCUAUUUCACAUGCGAUGUUGUGCAUACAUACUAAAUUUAGUUGUGCAAGAGGGUUUGAAGCAGAUUGAUGAUUCAAUUGUUAAGAUUCAUGAUAGUGUCAACUAUGUCAAGGGAUCCCAAGUGAGGAAGCAAAAGUUCUUCGAUUGUGUGAAGUUAGUUGCAAUUGGUGAUAAGAAAUGGUUGUGUCAAGAUGUACCAACUAGGUGGAACUCGACAUAUCUUAUGCUUGAAAGUGCUCUUUACUAUCGCCGUAUAUUUCAACAUUUAGAGUUCAGUGAUUCAAAUUACAAGCAUUGUCCUUCUAGUGCCGAGUGGGACAAAGUUGAAAAGAUUAAAACUUUUUUGAAGUUGUUCUAUGAUGCAACCCUUAAAUUUUCUGGAACAAAGUAUCACACUGCCAACUUGUACUUCCCUUCCAUUUGGCAUUGUUGCUUCAUGUUGAAACAAUAUUCAGAAGGUGAUGAUGAGUACUUAAAGUAUAUGGCAAUAGCAAUGUGGGGCAAGUUUCAAAAGUAUUGGUCUCAAUUCCAUCUUACCUUGGCUAUAGCAUGUGUUCUAGAUCCUCAUUUUAAGCUUGGGCUUGUUGAGUUCAGUUACAAAAAGCUUUAUGGAGAUGAUUGUCUUGAAUGCAUAUCAAUGAGGAGUAAGUUGUACUCUAUUUUUGAAGAGUACAACAAAAAAAAGAAGGAUUCAACUAGCCAAAAGACAAAUGCUUUUGAAUCUUUUAUGAUGGAAAAAGAAGGAAAUGAUGAUGUGGAUGUUAUAUUCAAGGAAUUUGAUGAGAUGUCUUCAGUUGGGUCUACUACCGCAUCACAUAAAUCAGAGCUUGACCUUUAUUUGGAUGAGCCAAGACUGGCUAGGACCGCAGAGCUUGAUAUCCUUUCCUUUUGGAAAUCAAACCAAUUUCGAUAUCUAGCACUAGCUUAUAUGGCUUCUGAUAUAUUGGCUAUCCCUGUUUCUAUAGUUGCUUCUGAAGCUACAUUUAGUGUUGGUGGUAGAGUUCUUGAUUCAUUUCGUAGCUCACUUAAACCGAAGACAGUUGAAGCACUUGUUUGUACCAGAGAUUGGUUAUAUGGAGACAAAUGUAGUUUCAAACUUACUUAA